CACCUGCUGCUCCCACGGCCCUCGUCCCCAGUGGAGGGCAGGGCCGGGCGGACCGGGGCGGGACACACGGAGCCCGGCCCCUCCGGGAGGCUGGGAGCAGGCCGGGUGGCUGGCUGCGGGCAGGCAAAGCCCCUGGUAGGCUGCCGCGGGUGGAGGCUGAGGUGUUGCCUCUCGUUGUCUACCAGGCCGAGAUGUCCGCCGCCGGCGCCCGCGGCCUGCGGGCCACCUACCACCGCCUCAUGGACAGAGUGGAGCUGAUGCUGCCCGAGAAGCUGAGGCCGCUGUACAACCAUCCAGCAGGUCCCAGAACAGUUUUUUUCUGGGCUCCAAUUAUGAAAUGGGGCCUGGUGUGUGCCGGCCUGGCUGACAUGGCGAGGCCUGCGGAAAAGCUCAGCACGGCUCAGUCCACUGUCCUGAUGGCCACAGGGCUUAUUUGGUCAAGAUACUCACUUGUAAUUAUUCCAAAAAACUGGAGUCUGUUUGCUGUUAACUUCUUUGUGGGGGCUGCAGGAGCCUCUCAGCUCUUUCGCAUUUGGAGAUACAACCAAGAACUAAAAGCUAAGGCAAACAAAUAAAGAGUGUUUCCGGUCACCUGAACACGCAUCAUGUGGAUACCCCACUGGAGCUAUUGAUGGUUUAUCUCGGUUAUCGAUAAGGCAGAGCUGACUGUGCCAUCGUCCAGAACGCACAAAGACCCCUAACUAUGACUGGUAGCUAGUGCUUGAUUCAGCAGAAAAAUAAAGCAAACUUUUAAUAACUGUUUCUCCAUCCAUAUGACCUGAAGAUCUAGACCUACGAGUGUUAAAACAUCUUUUUAUCAUUUGUCAAUAAUAAAUCAUCCUUGCUCAUCCGUA